CCACCAAUAAAGAAGGACCCGGCGGCACUCAAUCUAGGGGCUUCGCGGGUUAAUUUUUUGAUUUUGUUUGGCAAGAUCCGAUCUUAAUCGGAGCCAUCCUAACAGCAACCAUGACGGUUGGGAAGAGCAGUAAGAUGCUGCAGCACAUCGACUAUCGGAUGCGAUGUAUCUUGCAGGAUGGUCGGAUAUUCAUUGGAACGUUCAAAGCAUUCGACAAACACAUGAACCUGAUUUUGUGUGACUGUGAUGAGUUUAGAAAGAUCAAGCCUAAGAAUUCCAAGCAGCCAGAGCGUGAGGAGAAGAGAGUGUUGGGGUUAGUGUUGCUAAGAGGAGAGAAUCUCGUCUCAAUGACAGUUGAAGGACCUCCACCUAAAGAUACUGGCAUUGCUCGCGUGCCAUUGGCUGGUGUGGCAGGAGGUCCCGGUGUUGGCAGAGCAGCUGGUAGGGGUGUACCUGCUGGAGCUCCAAUGCCCCAGGCCCCUGCUGGGCUUGCAGGCCCAGUGAGAGGUGUAGGAGGUCCAUCACAACAGGUGAUGACCCCACAGGGCAGGGGUACGGUUGCUGCGGCAGCAGCGAGUGCCAGUAUUGCUGGUGCACCCACACAGUACCCACCAGGUCGGGGUGGGCCUCCGCCCCCCAUGGGCCGAGGAGCUCCUCCCCCAGGUAUGAUGGGUCCACCCCCAGGCAUGCGCCCACCUAUGGGCCCUCCAAUGGGAAUGCCCCCAGGUCGUGGUGCUCCAAUGGGCAUGCCCCCUCCAGGCAUGAGACCGCCGCCCCCUGGUAUGAGAGGUCCUCCUCCCCCUGGAAUGCGCCCCCCCAGACCCUGAUUCACCACACUGGACACACACGGCGUCUUUCGAGCCUUUUUCAAUUCCUUUCAUCGACGCUUGCAGACUACAGGCUCAUGUAUAGUUUCAUUUGACUGUAUUAUUUUGUUUUUUAAAUAAAAUGUC